CCGGCUUCCCCAUGCGUCCUGCCCCACUCUCCACGGCUUCCCCUCGCACUCCUGACGUCCUGGCCCAGAUAGCUCGUCGAAGAGACUGAGGCAGAUUAUUAGUGGGUCGCUUAUAAAACCAUGCCGCGGGCCGACCCCCCGGCUGUCGCCCGCUACCGUGGUCUUCCAGUCGCUCCAGUGUGACAUCUUCUCUACUAUUCAAGUCGGGAUUUCAUCCGCUGCCCCCCAUUACUGCUUCUCCAGCUUAUAGCACUCAGGCGCUGUUCAGUGAUGUCUGCCACCAACGCAAUUGCUCUCCCCAGUGCCACCCGUCGUCUGCUCCGCGAUCUGGCCGAGAUCAACGCCUCUCCUGUCGACGCCAACAUCACUGCCGCCCCACUCGAAGACAACAUCUACGAAUGGCACGUCAACUUGCGUAGCACCGUAGUUUCGACCGACGACGGCAGUGACGCUGAUGGCAUCAUGUCCCUCACCCUUCACCUCGUGCUUGUCUUCCCCAAGCAGUAUCCCCUUGACCCGCCUAGCGUCACCCUCUGCACUCCGGUCCCGCACGCCAACGUCGUUCAGUCCCUCGGAGGAUACAGAAUUUGCCUUGACAUGCUCGACGUCAACAAGAACAAUCCGUACGAAGGCUGGUCCAGGUCGUACACCGUCGCCAGCCUCCUCAGGCAGCUGCAAGCGUUCAUUUUCGAUACUGCGUUGAUGUAUUCCACCGACCACGGCACAAUAGGUGAUGCUGUGCGGACGGCGAGGAUGUUUGAAUGCACCCGUUGCGGCCACGGUCAAGGAAAUGGGAAGAGAGCGGUCUGGCCAGCUUUCCCUACGAAAGAGGAAAUGAGCAAGGUCACCAAGCUUGUUGUUCGCCGCGCACCUGUUUCUCGUCGUCCGCGAAUUGUUUCUUCUGCCCAUUCCACCCCGGCAUCCGAAAAUCAGCAGGAAGAGGACGAAUGGACUGUUGUGCAGUCUCGUCGUGCCAAGCGUGUCGGAAUGGCGGAGAAGGUCUACGGGUCCCCCAAGACCUUGGUCAAGGCCAGUGGAACCGGAUUUGUUGCAAAAGCGCGGGGUGUUCAAGCGCCGAAGCCUACUUAUGCUGGCGUUAGCUCGUGGGCUGUCCUAGCGGCCGCCGCGGAGAAAACACAAUUACCAAAGCAGAUUCACAAGGCCUCUCCGGGGACCCUCGUCAUCAGGGAGAAGAAGAGGGCAGACCCCAUCGCACCUCCCCCUCAGUCGCUUACUGAGCUUCGCCAGCUGGUGGUCUCCACCCCGUCCACCGCCCGCCCUGCGUCAGUCACAUCUUUAGCAAACCAAGAAGCGGAACACGCAGUUUGUUUCCCGUCCUCAGACCCGCUGUCUGCAGGACUGUUCGCGACGCUCCCUUACGAGCUCCUCUUCCGCAUCGUGACUCAAUGCGGUUUGACGGGAAACGAUGUGCUCAGCCUCUCCGCCACAUGCCGGCACAUGCAUUUGGUCUGUGAGGACGGGCGCGUGUGGCGGGACUUGUUUUCCCUAUACGCCGGGCGUUCGCGCUACGCAUCCGUCACGGCCGCAACGAUGGCAGACUGGAAAUCCGCGUUUGCAAUGGAGGUCAACUGUGUUGCUGACGGCAUGAGAUGUUUCGCAAGCAAGCUGACAUGGGAAGAGGACAUCCUGGGUCUCCCAAUAACCUAUACCGUCAAUCCAAAAACGAAAUGCGUCGACUACAUCGCGUGCGAAGUCGAGAUGUUGAGUCGGAGCGCAUUCCACGAAGACAAGGUCCGCAAAUCCGUUUGGAACACCGAUUUCUCCGAGUGGUGUCCCGUCUACCUUACCCACGAGCACUUCACGCGCGCCUUGCCGGACAUUCAAGCAUUCCUCAUCAAGAUGUCGCCGGAACGCGGGACCAGGGUGUUUGAUGCGACGAUGGCACUGGACGUCCUUCCCAAGAUGAUGAAUACGCUCAUUGUCCAGCUUUGCGAUCACGGCGUCGCGGCUUCAGCCCGGGCCAUUGAGGGUUAUUUCCUGCUUCACCGCCUUCUGGCCGCCCUCAUCGAACGGUACCCGUCCCUUCAGAAGCGAAUAGACAGCCGGAUCGAUGCGUUUGUCAAUUCAGAAGCCGCUCGGAUGAAGAGCGCCACCCCUUCUCUCGGCAACCUCCUCCCCGUCCUUCCAUUCUCAUCCAGGCAUCGCUGGGCAGCUCCGCGCGUGGCCAACGCAUUUCUGUCCGAGUCGGCCGACCGCGCGGUACUGUGGGUGUGUCACAAGUAUCCGGAGCUCGCAGAGACGACGGAGGGGUCGGGCUCCGUCAAGCCCGACAUGGCGCUGCUGAAGAAGGUCUGGGACGCGCAGGUCGUCUCGAAGAGGCUGAUGAUGUUCCAUGUUUGCUUCUUGAGCUACUUUGACACGGACUCGAAGGCGAGCGGAUUCUUGGAUGCAAGUGACCAGUUCUACGGCAGGCCGCCCAAGAAGAUUGUCGAUCUUUUCCAGAGCCACACCAAAAACAUCCUCGCUGUAUCCACAUGGCCCGCCUACUACGCCAUCAUGCAACAACAGUGCCCCUCGCCCGGUCAACUCACCGCUGCAUGGUCCCAAUCGAUACGCAACUCCCUCCGCAAAAAGUAUCACACCCGGGGGAUGGAUUUCACCAAGAUUCACAAAUCAGGAGUGUCCAAGAUCCUUCUCAAAGGGCAGUCGUAUAGUGCACCCCCAGACGUAAGGAAGGUUUUCAUGAAGGAGACAUGGCGGUACGCGGAAGAUUUGCGGUUCCUCGAUGCUACCUGCUCGGCCUUCGACUUUGAAGGAAAGCAUCUUGUGAACCUUGACUUCAGCAGGCCCACUGCUCUCUCCGGCGCCAUCAAACACAGUGGUGAUAUCGUAGACCAUAGGCUCCGACACGGCACCCACACCAUCACCGUCAACAUCCGCCUGCUGCCCCCUACCGUUCGCGCGCUGGUGUUCUGCAUGUCAGCUUAUGCAGGCUCCACCCUCGCCGACAUCAAAUCGCCCACAGUCCGCCUGGAAACCCCUGUCGUCGAGGGGAACAAAACAAGCACGACCGAGACCACGGAGUUGUGCUCGUACAACUUCAAAUCGUCACCUGAGGAGUUGGGGGAUCGGACUAAUAUCAUAAUGUGCGUCUUGUGGAGACGGGCAACGGAGGCGCGGUGGGAAGUCAAGGCCGUUGGAGAACUGGGAUAUGGGAAAGUCCCUGACUAUAAUAGAAUGCUCCCGGACUUACGGAGGGUAGUCGCGGGACUUGCUUGACCUGCGUCGAAGACAAACUUCCAAAGGAGGCGCUGGUCGUCAACCUGAAUGUAUAUACACGUGUAUUUAUGUAUUUGCUCGCUUAUCGAGUUCCACG